GGGCAGCAGGAACAUUCGAUAGAUAAUACGUUGCGGCUGGUCAUCUCUGAGCAGAGCAUUUCAAGAGAUUCUGCGCUGCUCAAAAUAUUCGUAUGCUAACCUACUGUAGCCUAUGUCGCCGGGAGUAGUUGAUCUGCUUUUUAGUGAGGGCUCUCUUGCCGACAUCGAACUAGUUACUGCGCCAUAACGGCAGUUUGUGGACCAACUGAAAUUAGAGCACUGCAUCAGUUAUUCAGCGCACCCCCUCGCGCAGAUCAAGGUUUCCCAGUUGAUCUCACGCAGGACGACAGGCACUCUGCAGCAGACUGCAUAAAGCAUCUGCCCUGACCUGGUUUUAGUCUCCAGAUUGCCACCCCGAUUAAACAUACUAGCCCAUUGCGUGCAAUGUCCGACUGCCGGCGAGAGUGGAACCGGGAGGAUGAACUCCCAGUUUACUUGGCAGGGCCCAUCACCACGGGCCCUACGCAGCGACAGAAACAUUGCGGUAUGUUCAGUUCUGUGGAGGGGGCAUUCGACAGCAAAACCAUUGAUUUUGAGGCUAGCGCUGUGAGCCGGAGAGGGAGUCGGACCCCUCGGAGUGGAAGCAGAGAGCGCAUCCUAGACGGUGACUGUGUGAGCGAGACAGCCAGCGUCCGCAGCCCCAACUCACCGGGAAAUCGAGAGGAUGGGCGCGAAAGUGUCGAGAGCACACAUUCAUCUGGGAAAGACUGCUUUUCAGGACAAAAUAAUGGAAAGAGUGAGCGACUGCUCAUCAAAGGAGGGAGGAUUGUGAAUGAUGACCAGUCUUUCUAUGCGGAUGUCUAUGUGGAAGAUGGUCUAAUAAAGCAGGUGGGGGAGAACCUGAUCGUGCCCGGCGGAGUCAAGGUGGUGGAGGCGGAAGGGCGCAUGGUGAUCCCCGGUGGCAUUGAUGUCAACACCUGCUUUCAGAGGCCCUUCCUGGGGGUCACCCCUGUAGACGACUUCUACCAGGGCACCAGGGCCGCGGUGGCUGGAGGCACCACCAUGAUCAUUGACCAUGUGACCCCGCAGCCAGGGGACAGUCUGCUGGAGGCCUUUGAGACGUGGCAGGAGGCAGCAGACAGGAAGUCGUGCUGUGACUACUCCCUGCACAUGGACAUCCCGCAGUGGCACGAGGGGGUGAAGGAGGAGCUGGAGCUUCUGGUGCAGGACAAAGGGAUAAACUCUUUCCUAGUUUACAUGGCCUACAAGGACCUGUACCAGAUGUCAGACACCCAGCUGUACGAGGCCUUCUCCUACCUGAAGGAACUGGGAGCUGUGGUUUUGGUGCAUGCAGAGAACGGAGACCUCAUUGCACAGGAGCAGAAUAAAAUUCUGGAUAUGGGAAUCAUUGGGCCAGAGGGCCACCCAUUGAGUCGCCCAGAGGAGCUGGAGUCGGAAGCAGUGUUCCGCGCCAUUACCCUCGGAAACCGGGUGAACUGUCCUGUGUACAUCACCAAGGUGAUGAGCAAGAGUGCUGCCGACACCAUAUCCCAGGCCAGGAAGAAAGGUGCCGUAGUGUUUGGUGAGCCAAUCACGGCCAGCUUGGCCACUGACGGAUCCCACUAUUGGAGCAAAAACUGGGCCAAGGCGGCGGCUUAUGUGACAUCUCCGCCCCUCAGUCCAGACCCUACGACCCCUGAACACCUCCACACUCUACUUGCCUGUGGAGACCUGCAGGUGGUUGGCAGUGCACAUUGUGCCUACAGCACCUCUCAGAAGGCCAUAGGGAAGGACAACUUCACUCUCAUCCCUGAGGGCACCAAUGGAGUGGAAGAGAGGAUGGGCUUCGUUUGGGACAAAGCUGUGGCAAUGGGAAAGAUGGAUGAGAACCAGUUUGUGGCAGUCACUAGCACCAAUGCAGCCAAAAUAUUCAACCUGUACCCGCGGAAGGGUAGAAUAGCUGUGGGCUCAGAUGCUGACAUUGUCAUCUGGGACCCUGACAGGACAAGGACCAUUACUGCCAAACUGCAGCAGUCGGCAUUGGAGUAUAAUAUCUUUGAGGGGAUGGAGUGUCGUGGGGCUCCCCUUCUGGUUGUGAGCCAGGGGAAGGUUGUCUAUGAAGAGGGCAAGCUUCAUGUGCAACAGGGCACUGGCCGUUUUAUCUCCCGCAAGCCCUUCCCUGACUAUGGAUACCAGCGUGUCAAAACCAGGAACAAUAUGAUAGGCAGACAGGGUGUGUCUCGUGGAAUGUAUGAUGGCCCUGUGUAUGAUGUGCCUGCCACUCCAAAGUACAUCACCCCUGCACCUUCUGCCAAGACCUCGCCAACGAGCCACCAGCCCCCACCAAUCAGAAAUCUCCACCAGUCCAACUUCAGCCUAUCAGGAGCACAAAUUGAUGAUAACAUCCCACGACGUUCUGGCCAUCGCAUUGUGAAUCCCCCUGGUGGCCGGUCUAACAUUACUAAUUUGGGCUGAGCUGACUGCAUGAUGUGUGUUUGUGUGUGUGUGUGUGUGUGUGUGUGCAUGUGCUGUGCACGCAUACAUGUAUGUGUGUGUGCGUGUGUGUACACUCCAUGUGUACAAAUUAGUACAAAUGUGUACAAACCAAUGACCAUUGUUAUGAAUCCAUGUUAUUCUGCUAUCACAAUCUAAGCUGUCAAGGCAAGACCUUAGACAAAAUCAUGACAUUUAAAAAAAAAAAGAAAUACACAACACACAUCUCAAUCACUGAACUAUAGAACGGAAAUAGUUAGAAUGUAAUGAAUAAUGCGUCAUAUGAAAAACCUUUUCCCUCUGAGACAACCUCUCAGAUCUUCUGUUUGACAUUUUGCCUGUGUAAACCUAUGUGUUGAUAUUAUCUAUUUAAACGAUGGUGCUCUCCUUUGUGACCAGCUAGUGAACCUAAAGCCCUCGCAAUAUACACCAUAGUGCUGCAGUGAUGCCUAUUUAAAUAUGAGUUGUCAUCAGGUGCACAGAGCUCUUCCCAGACCUGUUUGUCAAGUGCACUGUUUAUCCAUUCUAUUGUUGUGGACUGAGGAAUACCACAAUGGGCUUUUCUCUGUUAUAGAGGUUGGUGCUUAUACUUGCAUGGACGUAUUUUUACUUGGAUGUUGAAAUUAGUUGUUAUUCACUUCUAUUGCAACUGAUAUGGUCUGUAUGUUUUAGAUACACACACUGUACACUCUUUCAAAGGUACUGUUGUGUCUUUGUUUCAAAUGAAACAUACCUUCACACACUGUGGUAAGUGCCAGCUAUGAUGGUUUAAACUGCACCGGCUCCUUUCAUAAUAGCAUGCACAAAAUCUUUGUUGCCUGUUGUCACAUUCGACACAUAUGCAAGCACACUCAGUGACAGGACGAACACAAUCAGUCACACACCUCUGCAGACUGCAUAUGAAGGAAGAGUUGCGUAUAGCGCACCAUGGUUGUGCCUGGUGAAUCAUAUGGGGGCAUCUUCAGCCACGCUGUGGGGAAGACCUUUGUGAUGUUGAGAUAUUUGACUCCCUGAACGGCUUCUGCUUCCCUCCUUUUGUCCUGAAACUUAAACCUUUUUGUCUUCACUUUGGAUGAACUGUGAUGUCUUGUUGGCCAUGGCAUUGAAGCGAAUGUUCUUCUAUGGUUGUUGUAUGGUAUUUAAAUAAACUCACAGAUCAGUGAAACACAAGAGAACAUUGUGAAAUAAAAUCCAAAAAAUAUG